AGUACCCCUCGAAAAGCAGCGGGGCUAUGCAGACUAACUACGGUGCUUGGUUUUGGUGACGCUCUUUCUGACUUCUCGUACAGUAGAUGCAGAAUUCGUGCAGGCUUCCGUGAUUGUAGUGUUGUAAAAGCUUACUUGCUACUAAGUUGUCUGUCAGCAGUGAGAAGUAAAUCCUGUAUUUGACGAAGGUGCAUUGUUAUCCGUUUGCAAAUAUUUAUUUUUUAAUGCCUUGGUUUGGGUUCGGAUUUAAUGUCUUUGGACAGAUAACACCUCUUCCAUCGCAGUUAAGCAAGACAGAAGAAACCGUGCCCAGUGGGGGUGUGAGAGUCCUGGUCCCAACCAGGCUCAGUUGCUGUGGCAGUCAUGAAGAGACGCCUGUCGAGAGACAAGAGGAACGCUGUCCUCAGGUCCGAGCGAGCUGGAGCAGAAGAGCUGUGCUCCAUCGGAGAGGUGAUGGACCCGUCUGUCUGUCAGGCUUUGGAACAGGUCCUCCCAGCUUUGUGUCAAGAACAAAGGGUUGCCUGGAUGCCCUUGUGAGUGAGAGGUUGUUGACGCUGGCUUUCGCAGACAGAGUGGAAUGCUGGGACAUGGAGGGCAAGACUAUCUGGAAGAUGGAGUGCUCCAGUCCGGAUACUGUAGCUUUGCCACUGGUUCCUGGAGGCUAUGUAGCUGCAGAUGUCCCUUUCUAUCGCCCCUUGUCUCCACAGCUCUGUGCUCAUAAGCUGGCUCUGGGCACUGAGCACGCGGUGCUGCUGACUGCCGCUGGAGCUGUGUACACCUGGGGCUCUGGGAGCCAUGGCCAGCUGGGGCACGGGGGGCUGGACAGCCAGGCCGAGCCUCAGGUUGUGGAGGCGCUGUGGGGUCUCUCCAUGAGGGACGUGGCCGCAGGGGGCUGGCACUCAGCCUGCAUCAGUGCAGGGGGAGACCUGUAUGUGUGGGGCUGGAAUGACAGAGGCCAGCUGGGGCUCCCCUCUCGCGGCCUGAGAGCAGAGCAGCAGCAGCGAAGCAGUGGAGCAGGUGCAGGAAGUGGUGGGAUGAUGAGAGAGCAGGAUGCGAACAGUGAUGUCUUCAUCUCAAUCCAGGCGUUCCCUGCCCUGGUGGACCUGCCUCAGGGGUCAGAGGUCACCAGAGCUAGUUGUGGGUCACGCCACACAGCAGCAGUUGCAUGUACUGGUGAUCUCUACACAUGGGGCUGGGGUGAUUAUGGACAGCUCGGCCAGGCAACUCCACACAGUUCAGACCAGCCUGCCCGUGUGGACUACUUCACUGAACAGAGCCUGCGGGUGGUGGAUGUGGUGUGUGGGCCCUGGAACACCUUUGUCUAUACAGAAGAGAAAAAAGCCAUGCUCUUGUGAUGUACAGUAAGCUCCAUCCCACAAGCCCGCUGUUUCUGGAUUUUUAUUCAGCUCUUCAGCCUAGGAAAAUAGCAGAUGUUGAUGCAGUAGUUUUAACACUCUGAAGCUGUGUCUACUGCUCUGCGAUGUAACAGUGAUGCUUUGUUCCAUUGUUACAUAGCUUUUGAAUCAUGAAUAUUGAAGAGAAAACUUAGGAACCUUAGAAAUAAUGACUUUAUUUUGAAUAUUUGCUUAAUGCUAGGAAUAGGUCACCAUGUAAGUCUAAGUCUAUGAAAUAAAAUACAGAACUAGGAAACUUGACCUUUGCCUCCUACUUGGAUGUGAAAGAUAUUUACAAGAGUGUGGAGUGUUCUAAUCACCAUUAAUUUUCCAUGGACAAUUAAUAAAGAUUUGUAGACUUUC